AUGUCUACCAUUCAGCAACUUAAGAACUUCAUCCGGCACGGCAAGCAAGCUCGUGCCGCCCCAGAAGAGGCCCCACGCAAGACAGAACAGCAGGCUCCCGUAGUCCAGCACAAGAAUGCAUCAGACCCUAGCCAUGGUCAAUACUCACGCGCACAAGAGCCCAUGAACGAUUACGCCGAUGACGAGUACUCUCGCGGCAAGAGCAAGAAGCGUGUCGAUGACGAGAAGCUCGCCAAACUUAUCGCCGAGGAGAAUGCCAGCAAGAGCAAAUUCCCUCGCUACCCUGGCCUCGAGCGCUGGGAACUUACCGACAAGAUGGGCGAUGGAGCUUUCAGCAACGUCUACCGCGCCCGCGACACAACGGGCAAGCAAGGCGAUGUUGCUAUCAAGGUUGUACGCAAGUACGAAAUGAACAGCAUGCAGCGAGCGAACAUCUUGAAAGAAGUACAAAUUAUGCGACAACUUGACCACCCCAACAUUAUCAAGCUCGUCGAAUUCUCCGAAUCAAGACAAUACUACUAUAUCGUUCUGGAGCUUGCCCCUGGUGGCGAGCUCUUCCACCAGAUUGUCCGCUUGACAUACUUCAGCGAGGAGCUCUCUCGACACGUCAUUGUUCAGGUCGCUCAGGCUCUAGAAUAUCUCCAUGAGGAGAAGGGCGUUGUUCAUCGUGACAUCAAGCCUGAGAACAUUCUGUUCGAGCCCAUUCCUGUGGUGCCUUCAAAGCACCCGAAGCCCAAGCAGCCCGGCGACGAGGACAAGGUCGACGAGGGUGACUUCGUCCCCGGCGUGGGAGCUGGUGGCAUUGGUCGAAUCAAGAUCGCCGAUUUUGGUCUUUCUAAGAUUGUCUGGGAUAACCAGACUAUGACACCCUGCGGUACUGUUGGCUACACAGCGCCCGAGAUCGUCAAGGAUGAGCGGUAUUCCAAGUCAGUUGAUAUGUGGGCUCUGGGCUGCGUGCUCUACACCCUGCUAUGUGGUUUCCCACCAUUCUACGACGAGAGUAUCGAGGUGCUUACUGAGAAGGUUGCUAAGGGCCAAUACACCUUUUUGUCUCCAUGGUGGGAUGAGAUCUCCAAGUCUGCCCAGGAUCUCAUCAGCCACUUGUUGACUGUGGAUCCUGAGAAGCGAUACACGAUUACCGAAUUCCUGGCUCAUCCUUGGAUCGCUGGAAACGGACCUACUCCUCGUGAAGAGAUGAAGAAGUCCGACGGCAUGCUCCGUGCGUUUGAUGCGACCAAGUUCGAGGAGGCUGGCAGAAGAUACGACUUCCGAUCUCCUGGUGCCGUUAACCUGCGUGAGGUCUUCGAUGUCGGUUAUGCCGUGCAUCGCCAGGAGGAGGAGGGCAAGCGAAGAGCACAGAUUGGACCCAAGGGCACCCCUGCACGAUUCCUCGGUGGUCUCAACGAGGAAGAGGAGGAUGACGACGUCAUGCAGGUUGAUGGCCCUGAGGACAACGAUGCCAAGCCCAACGCGGCGACUCAAGCUCUUGAGCAAAGCAUGCGAAAGACAAACAUUCGAGAUCAAGAGCAGCAACAACAAUCUCGGGGCCGUGAGCGCGAGCGUGCUGAGAAGGGUUAUGGCCAGCACUCAGCAACCGUCGCCUCGGCAGCUCGACAGCAGGUCCGUGAGCGCCAGCGCCAACGUGGAGCGUUCGAGCUCAACCUGGACAACGCCACUCUAUUGGGCAAGAGAAACAAGAAGGUUCCUGUUAUGGGGAUUUAG